AUGACGAAGAUGAGUAGCAAUAAGGUUCACUCCCAUGGGAAUGUGCCUUUUUCAUGGGAGAACAAACCAGGGGUCUCAAAGGUAGGGGCUCAAGACCGCCGUGAAGAUGACCGGAAAAUCGCGGUGAAGCUACCGCCCCCACCAUGCCCGCCAGAGACUGCUAGGGCGGCAUCGUUUCAUGAUCUGCAGAUUCCUCUUCCUCCAUGUGGUUUUCAAGCUCCUCUGAGAAGCUCUUCCAGGAAAAGUGUUAAAAAUAAGGAUGACCCUUUUCUGAUGGCUUAUAGAGAGUGCACCAAGAGUAAUGGAAAAGGUAAGUUAUCAAGUAGAGAUGAUGUCGGGCUUGGAUCUAAGAAGAACAUGUCCUUUUUUUCAUGUAAGCGUUCAUGCAGUGUGAGGGAAGAUAGUGUAAUCAGAAUCUCUCAGCUUCCCAUCUCAAAAUCUCAGAGAGAGAGAGAGAUGGGUUCUUAG